GGUUCAGUCUCGUUCUUAGCCUCCUCUUGGCUGGAAUCGCGCGAAUGAACUCGCGUCGGUAUUAAUCGAUGUUAUCGCCAUAGGUUUUUUUUUCUAUUCGUAACUAAACGUGAUUCAAAAAUAUUCAUCUUUUGUUUGUGCGAUAUAAAUAAAAAAAAAGGGGGAGAGAGAGAGAGAGAGAGAGAGAGAGAGAGAGAGAGAGAAAGAGAGAGAUAGAAAAGAAAGAAGAAGAGGAAGAAGAAGAAAAAUAAAAAAUAAAGAUAUUAAUUUUUCAUUUCAUCGAAGUGAAAUAAAAAGAAGAAGGUGUAACUAACAACGACUUGGGUUAAGCAAGUUUAUUCUGUGAAAAAUGGAGGCAGAAAAGAACGGUACUAUCGAGAAGGAAAAGAAUGAGGGUGGAAAUGAGGUGGCAACUUCUGUAAACGUUACGAACGAAGUUGCGAAUAUGAAGCUCGAUGACGUUACAGCUAAUUCAGGAAAUUCGACGCCAGGUAGUCCAGCUGCCAGUUCACCAGCCGGUAGCUUUUUGACGAAUUUCAAAGCUUUCUCGAAAUUUGGUGAUCCUAAGAGUGAUGGAAAAUUGAUAACACUUAGCCAAAGUGAUAAAUGGAUGAAACAGGCCAAAGUGAUCGAUGGAAAGAAGAUUACAACAACGGACACCGGGAUCUAUUUCAAGAAACACAAGUCAAUGAAACUUGGUAUCGAUCAGUACAAAUCAUUCCUCGAGGAACUCGCUAAAAGUAAGAAGGUCGAUUUCGUUGAAAUGAAAAACAAGAUGGCGAAUUGUGGUGCACCAGGUGUUACAGUAGGUGCAUCCGGGACUAAGAAGUCUUCAAGAGUGGUCACCUUUAAUAUUAUCAAUAAAAACGACUUGCAGGCCGGUAAAGCAGCAUCUACGGUGGAUCGUUUGACGGAUGUUACUAAAUACACCGGUUCUCAUAAGCAACGUUUCGACGAGAGUGGUAAGGGUAAGGGUAUAGCUGGUCGAAAGGAUUUACCCGAUCAAUCGGGAUAUGUCCAAGGUUAUCAAAACAAGGACACUUAUAAUAAAGGUCACUAGCCCGAUCUAUACGAUCUAAAAAAAAAAGAGGCUUAUUUUAUCAUUUCUUAAUAAUACACACUGUCUACCCGUCCAGGCAGUUAUAACACGCACCUAAAAAAAAAAAAAAAAAAACGCUUCCUUUAUCUUAAAUUAUCGUACAUAGGAAACGUUUCAUUUUUGAUAUUCGCGUAACUGCGUAAAUUAAAAUACACGAAAGGGUGAAUCAAUGGAUUGCUAGAUGCUUCCUCAUGGUUGUAUCAUAUAUUUAUCGUUCUUCGAUCAUUAUUCAAUAAUUAAAUUAUAAUAUAAUUGUUUGAUACAAUUAUUACUAUAAUGUUAUAUUAUUAUUUUUUUUUACGAUCUUGUGGAUUUUAUUUGUUCGAACUAAACGAAUACGUUGAUUUA